ACCUCGUCCACACCAGAUACAGUACCAAACCUCAUCCAAACAAACAACCAACGGGACCGCCGAGCAACCACAAACAAUAAAAACGUCAUGGGCGAACCAACCCCCGAAGGGGUUUUCCUCACAGAAAACUUUGCCAAGCUAGGUCUCGGCGAAAAACCACUGAAAGAAGCACUGAGAAAUAAAAAGAUAGCCGCUGCCUGGACCGAAGUCCUGAGCGACAUUGAGCUUCCCGAGGAAGGUAGCGUGGACCCAAAGGUCGGAGCGUUGCUGUCUGCUGUCGUCACGGCUACGAAGGAUAUUGGCGGGGCGGAUGGGAAGAGGGCGUUUGUCGUGAAUGCGGUCCUGGAUGGGAGGUUGAAGAGCAAUGCACAGAUUGAGGCGGCUGUCAAGUAUAUCAAGGGGAAGAAGGGGGAUGUAGAUGUUACAGAGUUUGAUGCGGAGUGUGGUGUCGGUGGGGUUUCCGUCCCAUUUUCCUCUAUCAGAUGGGGGGUUGGAGUAUGUUGAUAAGAUAACAGGGAUCGAAUUUACCCCCGAGAAAAUCGAGAGGGAAGUCAGGGCUUACAUUGAAGAGCACAAGAACACUAUUCUUGAACAGCGGUACAAAGCAUUUACUCCUACACUGGUAACCUUGAAAACUUCUACAGGUCUGAAAUGGGCCCCUCCCGCCGACCUCAAGAAGGAAGUCGACACUCAACUUGUUACUCUUCUUGGACCUAAGGAUGAGCGCGAUGCACCACCCAAGAAGCAGUCAAAGACACCCGCGGCCACCGGCACCAAGCCAGUCAAGGCGGAGAACGAAGAUAUCAGCAAGAAUAGGAUGUUUGAGGAGGGGUUCUUGGCCGGCUUGCAUAGGCCUGGUGGGAACGAGCAAAUUAUUCCGGCAAAUAGGGAGGCCCAUUUGAAAGCUACCGGAGGUAGAGUUUUCACUAGGUUUCCACCUGAGGCUAGUUUCUCCUUGCUGCUGCUCAGUCGUGGGUUAUGCUGAUAGUGUAGUAGCCAAAUGGAUACUUGCACAUUGGCCAUAGUAAGGCUAUCACUAUCAAUUUUGGUUUUGCGAGGUAUCAUGGAGGGGAGUGCUAUCUCCGCUACGAUGAUACUAACCCAGAGGCCGAGGAGGAGCGCUACUUCACUGCUAUUCGUGAGAUUGUUGAGUGGUUGGGAUUUCUGCCUUACAAGAUUACUCAUGCCAGUGAUCACUUUCAGAAACUCUAUGAGUUGGCGGAAGACUUGAUCAAGCGCGACAAGGGCUAUAUUUGCCAUUGCACUGCUGAAGAAGUCAACCUCCAGAGAGGCGGCAAAGACAAUCGUGGGCCGAGAUUUGAAUGCAAACAUAGGAACAGACCGAUUGAGGAGAGCUUGCAGGAAUUUAGAAACAUGAGGGACGGGAAAUACAAGCCUAAGGAAGCAAUGUUAAGAAUGAAGCAGGACAUUCUGGGCUCCGGGAACCCGCAGGUAUAUCUAGCGCUGAUCAUAUGGAUUUGGGUGCUGACUUGCAAAGAUGUGGGAUUUGACAGCGUAUAGGGUCUUGGACGGUGCGCCACACCACCGCACCGGCGACGAGUGGAAGAUAUAUCCUACUUAUGAUUUUACCCACUGUCUUUGUGAUUCCUUUGAGAAUAUCUCGUGAGCUAACACCGCCAUCUUCACGGGUGAUCAUUCAUACUAAUAUUUUCCGCUAGUCACUCGCUUUGCACCACGGAAUUCAUCAACUCGAGAGAAUCCUAUGACUGGCUCUGCAAUUCUCUGGAAAUUUAUAGGCCACAGCAGAGGGAGUAUGGCCGUCUAAAUUUGACUGGUACUAUCAUGAGUAAGAGAAAAAUUGCCAAAUUAGUUUCUGGAGGCUACGUUCGUGGAUGGGAUGAUCCCAGGCUAUAUACACUUGUUGCCAUUAGGUGAGUUUACUUUGUGCUUCAUACUGUAAACGGGCCUGACUAUUAAUGGCAGGCGUCGCGGGAUCCCACCUGGAGCAAUUCUUGCAUUCAUCAAUGAAUUGGGUGUCACUACCGCCCACAGCUACGUCCAGAUCAAGCGAUUUGAGCAGACAGUCCGUCGUUAUCUAGAAGAGACGGUUCCUCGUCUGAUGAUGAUCCUUGAUCCGAUCCCUGUCAUCAUUGAUAAUCUCCCAGAAGACCAUCUUGAGGAGUUCGCUGUUCCAUUCAUGCCUAACGACACAAAGCUCGGUGAGCACAUGGUCCCCUUCACCCGCAAAGUGUAUAUCGACCGCUCCGAUUUCCGUGAGGAAGAUUCUGCCGACUACUUCCGUCUUGCGCCGGGAAAAUCGGUCGGACUUCUCAAAGUUCCCUUCACCAUCCGUGCGACAUCUUACACCAAGGACGAUGCCGGCAAUGUGACCGAGGUUCGCGCGCAAUACGAAAACACUGGGAAAUUCAAGAAGCCAAAGACAUACAUUCAGUGGGUAUGCGACGCUCCUAGCAAGGGCUCUCCGGUUCGUGUUGAGGCACGCCUCACAAAUCAGCUCUUCAAGUCUGAGAACCCCGAGGAUAAUCCGGACAGCUAUCUUGCAGACAUUAAUCCUGACAGUGAACACGUUUGCAAUAAUGCCAUCAUUGAAACAGGAGUUCACGAGGUCCAUCGCCGUGCACCAUGGCCUGAGCUGGAGGGAGAGAAGAAUUCCAGCAAGGCUGGUCCCGAAUCCUGUCGGUUCCAGGCGCUCCGUGUUGGGUACUUUGCCCUUGAUAGCGAUUCUACCGGUGAUAGACUUGUGCUUAAUAGAAUUGUUACGUUGAAGGAGGAUGCGGGGAAGAAUGCAUGAGUGGGCUUGUUUUUCUCCUUUUUCUUUAGUUUUUCAUUUCUUGUUACUGCAUGGGCAGAUUCUUUCCUUCCACUCUGAUGAGUUGGGGCGUCUCUCGAUUGAUUCCGUUAGAGGCAGUUUAAUCAUUUAAUUUUUACAUUUCCCCUGUUCCAAUCUCUUUCAUUUUCUUUACAGCGGGUAUGACGUUGUUACGCAAAUAUCGGCUGUUUUUGUAGAUUUUGUUAUGAUAGGCCUGUAGUGCAUGGAAUGAUAUCAUGAUAUGAAAACACAAAUACUCAUGAGGUGUCACUCGAAGUAUGUCCAGCGCAGAUUUCCAUAACCCCUAUGAUGCCAUUACCAGUAUUUCCUAUCGCGAGGUGCAAUACGGGCGAAGCGUUAUAGCACGAUUACCUAAACAUUAAAGUUACGUCCGGGCGUUA